AUGGCCGGAGGGUUUAUAUCGGCGGUGGUAAUUCACGGCCAGUCUUCCCUUCAUCUUCUUUCCCUCUUCUGCUUCGUCGUCUUCCUCCUCCUCAUUUCCCUUUCCAAUGCUGCUUCAAUCACUAGCCUGUUCUCGCCCCCUGUUAAUUAUCUGAUUGAUUGUGGCUCCUCGAAGCAGACCCUUCUCCAAGAUGGAAGAACCUUCAGGUCUGAUCGUGAUUCCACUUCUCUUCUCUCCUCCGACGAGGACAUCCAAACUUCAGUUGAUUCCAUCAAUAUAAAUGCUUCCUCCUCGGUUCCUCCUACCUCGCUCCCUUUAUUCAAUAGUGCCAGGAUUUUUACGGAUAAAUCCACAUACACUUUCUAUAUCUCCAAGAUGGGUCGACUUUGGGUUCGCCUUUACUUCUUCCCACUUCCUCAUCCUUCUUAUAAUCUCACCCAGGCGGUUUUCUCCGUCCAAACUGAUCGAAUCGUUCUCUUGCAUGACUUCUCUGUCAAAGAUAAUACCUCUUUUGUGUUCAAAGAGUACCUCCUUAAUGUCUCCGACACCAGAUUCUCCUUAAAGUUGAUCCCCCAGAAAAAGUCUCUCGCUUUCAUCAACGGUAUCGAGGUUGUCUCCGCCCCUGACCCUCUUAUCCCUGAUGCGGCUACUUUAGUUUCCUCGCAAGGAGAUUUCCAUGGGAUUUUUAACCAUGCUCUUCAGAAUGUCUCUGUUUCGACAAAACUGAUCAAGUACCCAGAAACAGGUGAGGUGACUCCACUGAUCGCCCCUAGCUCUGUAUAUUCUUCAGCUAUGGAAAUGAAAGAUCCCAAAGUAAACCAAGGCAAUUUCAACCUCUCUUGGAGAAUGAACGUAGACCAGAGUUUCUCCUACUUGAUAAGAUUGCACUUCUGCGACAUUGUAAGCCAAAACCUUAGCCAAUUAUACUUCAAUGUGUACAUAAACGAGAUGAUAGGUGUUGCAAAUUUAGAUCUUUCCUCUGAAACCAAAGCUCUAGCCACUGCUUUUUACCAGGACUUCGUACUUAAUUCUUCUGCUAUUACAAAUGGAUCUAUUUUGGGGUCCGAGCUCACGCACAAUGGUUCUGAAAGUGGCUGCCGUUAUUGGGUUAGGAUUCUCUGUGACUGCGAUGUUUCUUGUUGCCGUGAUCUGUUUCCGAUGGAGACGAGGCCUCGUGGAUGGGAAGCUAGAGAUAGCUUCUCGUCAUGGCUUCUUCCUAUUCAAUCCACCCAUCCUGGAAGUUUAUGUUCUGCUUCAAGCAAAAGCAGCUCUAGAAGGUCAAGCAUAUUUGGUUCCCGCAAGAGCAAAAGCGGCUACUCUGGUUAUUUAACACCAACCGGGAUCGGACGUUUCUUUGCUUUCGAUGAACUCCAAAAAGCCACAAAUAACUUUGAAGAAAAAGCAGUGAUUGGCGUCGGAGGAUUCGGAAAAGUCUAUCUUGGGACAUUAGAAGAUGGGACAAAGGUUGCCAUAAAACGAGGAAACCCAAGUUCAGAACAAGGCAUAAAUGAGUUCAGGACAGAGAUAGAAAUGCUCUCUAAACUCCGACACCGACAUUUAGUUUCCUUAAUGGGAUUCUGUGAUGAAAACUCAGAGAUGAUUCUCGUCUACGAAUACAUGGCCAACGGCCCUUUUCGUUCUCAUCUCUACGGCUCCAACCUACCUCCAUUAUCAUGGAAACAAAGGCUUGAAAUCUGCAUAGGUUCCGCUCGUGGCCUUCACUAUCUCCAUACAGGCGCAGCACAAAGCAUCAUUCACCGAGACGUAAAAACCACAAACAUUCUCUUAGACGAAAACUUCAUAGCUAAAGUUGCAGACUUUGGGUUAUCCAAGGCAAACCCAGAGAGAACCCAUGUGAGUACAGCAGUGAAGGGUAGUUUUGGAUACCUCGAUCCUCAAUACUUCAGAAGCCAGCAAUUAACUGAGAAAUCCGAUGUUUAUUCUUUCGGGGUUGUGCUCAUGGAAGCACUAUGUGCGAGGCCAGUGCUUGACCCGACACUUCCAAGGGAACAAGUGAAUUUAGCGGAUUGGGCAUUACAGCAACAUCGGAGAGGUAUGCUCUAUAGAAUCAUCGAUCCUCGUAUUGCCGAAACCAUUGCCUCUGGGUCGUUGAACAAGUUCGUUGAAGCCGCGGAGAAGUGUCUGGAGGAUAAUGGGGCGGAUAGGCCUACCAUGGGGGAUGUGUUGUGGAACCUGGAGUAUGCUUUGCAGCUUCAAGAAGUUGUUUCGAGGAUCGAUACAAAAGAAGAUACAACAGCGAGUUCGAUUGCGUUACAACAGCCUAAUGAGAGUGGCGAGAAAGGAGAUCAUUCUGGUACUCAGGCAACUGAAGAAUCUGAUGUGACCGAUGUUGAUUCUAUGUUGUUCUCUCAGAUUGCUCACUUCGAAGGAAGGUGA